AUGACUCAAACCAUUCAAUACCGGCGUAUCCAUAUCAUUUUUCCAGUUGCAUUGGCAUCUCUCCUUGUUCUUGGAGCUGUACGCGUUGCGCUCGAUAGCCUAAAGAACAAUGAGUUACAUUUUCUCUGGCAAUUCAAUAAUGUUUCAGGAAACAGAAUGCGGCCGAGAAUCCUUCCCAUUGUUGUUUCUGAAGAUGAGAUCAUUCCAGAUGGAUGCAAUGUGUUUGAGGGAAAAUGGGUAUGGGAUAAUUCAAGUUAUCCGUUGUAUAGAGAAGAGAGUUGUCCUUACUUAGUAAAACAAGUGACCUGUUUAAAGAAUGGCAGGCCUGAUUCAUUCUAUCAAAACUGGAGGUGGCAGCCUAAUGAAUGCAAACUACCCAGGUUUGAUGCUUUGAAGUUGCUGGAGAUUCUGAGAAACAAAAGGCUAAUGUUUGUAGGAGACUCAAUACAGAGAGGAAUGUUUGAGUCAAUGGUCUGUUUAGUUCAUUCUAUCCGAUUUCAGGAGUUUAAUGCAUCGAUCGAGUACUACUGGGCACCUUUCCUUGUUGAAUCCAUUUCAGAUCAUGCAACAAAUCACACUGUACUAAAACGUAUGGUCAAACUUGAUUCGGUAGCUAAGCACAGCAAGGAAUGGGAAGGAGCUGAUAUUUUGGUGUUUGAGAGCUAUGUAUGGUGGAUGCACAAGCCUCAAAUCAACGCGACGUUUGGAUCUCCUGAUAAUGUAAGAGAAUACAAUGUAACCACUGCAUACAAACUGGCAAUGGAAACCUGGGCAAACUGGAUAGAAACCCGGAUCAACCCCCUCAAGCAAAAGGUCUUUUUCGCAACAAUGUCACCAACACAUUUGUGGUGA